AUGGCCCAAACCGUGAACCCCCUCUUUAUCCGACUUGAGAAGAAUGUUGCCGCUCCGCCGUACGAAAGGGGGUGGAAUUACGUGGAGCGCCGGAACGGGCUGCUGUGUUUGGUGAGAAAUAGGAAGGAUGUGUUUCGCCUCCACCGGCCAUCGAAGAAGAGAACACCAACACCACCAACGCCGCCGAGACAUAGAGGCCCAGAACCAGAGAGGGAAGUGAUCAUUGUGCGCGAAGAGGACAUGGAUAUCAUUAGUCGCCAUCGCCGAGGCCGUCCAGAAGGAGACAGACUGUUCGUGGAGAUGCCGCAUGAACGAUCCGAGCGAGAAGGCUCAGGCGACCUGGGAGACACAUCCCCUCGAUCACGCCCACGAAUCGAGGUCCGACAACCUCUCAACACCACACCGCCGCCCUCUCCGAUCUUCGACACUCGCCACGUUGAUUCGUUCCCAUAUCGCAUCGUUCAGAAAAUCCCCGUCGAGCGCGCCCGUCUUCGUCGCGCCAAACCUCUCCAAGUUCCAGAUGACAUUCUCCCAUGUCCACCAGUUGAGGUCGGCACCUACUCUAAAGAGGAGGUCUUUGACCCAGUCGACCUCCCUUCCCGCGAGCCCCGGCCCUACCACAUUCCGGAACCCGAGAACGCUGUGUGGGAUGAGGACAUGAAUGCGUGGGUGGUCCGACGCUCGCCGAAAGUGCGGUUUUCUUCUUAG